AUAGUAGUGAAGCCCGGGCCGGACAAGGGCUCAGUCAGACACGCUCAGAGCAGGAUAGCAGGGUGCUGGGGAGCAGGGAGGUAGCGUGCAAGGGCCACUGGGGACAUCUGAGGCAGUGCCACAGUCAGAGCAGGACAGCUGGCAUUGAGUGAGGUGGCACUAAGCGCCACAGGGCUCAUGGGAACAAUACACACAGGGUCAAGUCCAGGACACAAACAGCUGUGACUGACAGGGAGAAGUAAAGAUGACUGAGCGUUAUGAUUGUCACUACUGUAAGGAAUCCCUGUUUGGGAAGAUGUAUGUCCUUCGUGAGGAGAAUCCAUACUGUGUGAAGUGCUAUGAGAGCCUCUACUCCAACACCUGUGAGGAUUGCAAGAAACCCAUCGGCUGCAACAGCAGGGAUCUUUCCUACAAGGACCGUCAUUGGCACGAGGACUGUUUCCACUGCUUCCAGUGCAAGCGCUCACUGGUGGACAAGCCCUUUUCCACCAAAGACGAGCAGCUCCUGUGCACUGAGUGCUAUUCUAAUGAGUACUCCUCUAAAUGUCAUGAAUGCAAGAAGACCAUCAUGCCUGGCUCAAGGAAGAUGGAGCAUAAAGGAAACAGCUGGCAUGAGACCUGCUUUACCUGCCAGCGCUGCCAGCAGCCAAUUGGCACAAAGAGCUUCAUCCCUAAAGAAAACCAGAACUAUUGCGUGCCCUGCUACGAAAAGCAGUUUGCCAUGCAGUGUGUUCACUGCAAGAAGUCUAUCACCACUGGGGGUGUGACCUACCAUGACCAGCCAUGGCAUAAGGACUGCUUCUUGUGCACUGGCUGUAAGCAGCAGCUGUCUGGCCAGCGUUUCACCUCUCGUGAUGACUUCGCCUACUGCCUCAAUUGCUUCUGCAACUUGUAUGCUAAGAAAUGUGCCUCCUGCACCACCCCCAUCAGUGGACUCGGGGGAAGCAAGUACAUCUCCUUUGAGGAGCGUCAGUGGCACAACGACUGUUUCAACUGCAAGAAGUGCUCAGUGUCUCUGGUAGGCAGAGGUUUUCUGACCGAGAGAGAUGACAUCCUGUGUCCUGAGUGUGGCAAAGACAUCUGAAAGAGUGCUGUGAAGAAUCCAGGCGUGCAUGAGAACUAAAAUGUUAAUUAACCAAGGUAUUGAUAAAUAGCAAAGCAUAAAAUGGUGUGUAAUACAUUUAGGUGCUCCAUGAAAACAUAGUGCACACUGUAGUGGCAAGUAUAAUAGAGUAAGCAUAGCUAGAUGCAGAUUUUCUUUGUUUGAAGAGAGGUAUUAAAGCUUGUAUUAAAUUGGGAAGAUUUAGGAAAGAAUAUUAAAGAUUAACAGAAAACAUGCAAGGAUAAUGAGCAUUGCUAUCUCUUUAAAAAUGUCUAACUGGUUUUCUGAGUUGUUGCUUGUCUUAACUUACUAAUUAUUUUGGCCUGUCCUGUAUCCAACAGAUAUAUAUGAAAUCUUAAUUAAUCUUAAUAUCAAUAUCAAUAAAGCUUAUCAAAGCAAAUUGAC